CACACCACAAACCUUUGACACCUGAAGGCUCUUCCAGAGGACCACACAGGCCAUGGGGAAAUCGAAGAAGAACGAGGAGGCUGUCUUUCUGAGGAAGAAGAUCACCCUCUUGAGAGCUUUCUCGCUCCUCAUAGGGAGCAUGGUAGGCAGCGGAAUAUUCAUCUCUCCCCAAGGGGUGCUGAAGAACUCCGGCAACGUGGGCCUCUCCUUAGUCGUCUGGUUUGCCUGUGGGAUCCUCUCUAUGUUUGGUGCUCUGUGUUAUGCUGAACUUGGCACCCGGAUCACAAAGUCUGGAGCCCAUUACAUCUAUAUCUUGGAGACCCUGGGCCCUCUGCCAGGGUUCUUGUUCCUGUGGGCAGAAUACUUUGCUAUAAGGCCAGCCAACAGUGCAGUUGUUGCUCUGGCAUUUGGACGCUACAUCCUGGACCCCUUUUUCGCACCCUGUGGCGCUCCACUUCUGGCUGUGAAACUUGUUGCUCUUCUUGGCUACUACAUUGUCCUAAUCCUGAACUCUUGGAGUGUCAGCUGGAGUGCCAGGCUUCUGACCUUCUUGUCCAUCGUCAAGUUGGUAGCUCUCACUCUCAUCAUCGUCCCAGGAAUGAUACUUUUAGCUCAAGGCCAUACAGAAAAUUUCCAGGAUGCUUUCAAUGCUCAGACCCUUGCUUUGGACAAGCUUCCUUUGGCUUUUUAUGCAGGGAUGUUUGCCUAUUCAGGAUGGUUUCAAACUAGUUUUGUGCGAGAAGAACUAGUGAAGCCAGAGCGAAAUAUCCCUCUGGCAGUGAUUGUGUCUGUGAUCACUGUGAUUGUGGGUUAUAUGCUUACUAAUGUUUCCUAUUACACGGUACUGACAGCAGCAGAUGUUCUGGCCUCCCAGGCAGUAGCUGUGAGCUUUGCACACAAAGCUUGCCGGAGUGUUAUCUCAAUGGUGCCUAUCUUGGUUUCCUUGUCUUGCUUUGGGACCAUGAACGGAGGAAUCUUUACAUUUUCAAGGACCUUGUUUGUGGCUUCACGAGAAGGGCAAUGGCCUCCCCUCUUCUCCAUGAUCCAUAUUCAAAGACAUACACCCCUACCAGCAGUCAUGUUGAUGUUCCCUUUGGUCACAGCCAUGAUCUGUGUGGGAGAUAUCUACCACCUGCUGAACUUCUUCAGCUUCUCCCGGUGGCUCUUCAUAGGAUUAGCCACCCUUGGGCUGAUAGUUCACCGCUGCCGUCAUCCUGAGAUAACAAGCCCAUUCAAGGUUCCUCUCUUCGUUCCUGUUUCCUUUACAAUCAUUUGCCUUUUCACUGUGGCGAUGUCUUUCUACUCGGACCCAAUCAAUAUCAGCAUUGGCUGUGCCAUGGUUUUAAGUGGGUUUCCCAUUUACUAUUUGUUCAUCAACAGGUCAAUGCCAAAGUGUUGCAGCACCACAUUCUAUUCUCUUACACUGAAGCUUCAGAUCCUCUUGAAGGUGGUGCAACAAGAAAUCAGGACUUACUGAGAAGCAUAACAAGAGCUGGAGGGGUGAACCAGAAGCCUGAACUUCAAAGCUCUCAUUUUGUGGUGACUUCUCCUAGCUUAUAUUUAACGCCACCCUCACAACUCGGAGCGUGCCUGCAUUGGAGCAUCUUCUGCUUCCAGUUUGGUGUUUUCAUACCAGAUGGAGAGUUCCUGAAAAAUCAAAUGCACAGGAAACCCUGUGCAGAUGAGUCACACCUUUGACUGUGCAAGCAACAGCCCAUGUGCAUCCUGAUAUUGUCCUCAUCUGCCAUGCAGAUGGGCACGAGAGCAUCCGGUCCUUGAAGAAAGACUCCUAGAGAUGUGUCUGUCUGAAUGCAUACGGAAUCCCUAAAUGCUGGCUGUGUAGAGGCAAUAGCUAUUUGUAGAUAUUGAAGUGGUACUGCAGAGCUGUUAAGGUACACAGGCUCAUUUUUUAAAAAGUUUGAUUUGAGCAGUGUACCUUGGCCAAUGAUACUUUUUGAUGUACUCCAAGAUGGACUCUAAAAAACUGAAAUAAGCCUUGCCGAAAAAGACGUGUGUGUGAUUAUAAUGGGCAUCUUUAGAAUGGUAAAGAAGCCCUCCCCAAAUCUGAAACUUCUGAUUUUUGGGUAUAUAUACACAU